AUUCUGUAAACAGGUUCAGUAAUGUGGAUAGUCGCAAAUUCUAAAUGUGUGGCUCCGUAUUAAUGUUUGUCACAUUCCUUCAGCUGAUCCGACGCAUUGUCUUAUUCUUGUCUCUCACAGUUGCAUGACACACUAACCUGUCCACACUGAAAAACAGCGCUAUUCAGAGAUCUUCGACGUUUUUGGUAGGCUACCUAUUUAUCAUCAAGGACAUCAGACGCACCGUUAAAAACGAUCUGCACUGGAAGAACUGAAAGACUACUUACCCAUUUUGUAUCUCUUACUUCCCGCGCGUAAUUUGGACCUUAAACGGGCUUUUGGUCACAUUUAGUUUGUUUGUCAACUGUGUUCAUAAAACAUUUGGAUAAAAUGUUGCUACACUGGUAAUAUUACCGUAUUUUAAAAGAAAAUAUUACUGUGAAAUAUCCUCGUCCGUAAAGGAGUUUGAAUUGAUCAUCACUAAUUAUUGAGUGUAUGUGUAAUUCUCCAACGAAAACGAAUCUCGACUCUUUGUGUUUCCUAAUUUUACAUCACUGUUUGGGUAAGUUCUAAGUUUCUAAUUCAAACUUCCAAAUAAUUAUUCUCUUCAUUAGUGUUUAGUCGCUAUUAGGCUUAGCGAAUACAUUCUGCUGUAAGUGUUCUCUGCACCCCUCAGAAUAGUCUGCAUGUUCUUGUGGCAAUCACCAGCGCCGUCUAGUGAUUUCCCGUGCGCUUGGUGAAAAUAAAGCACCUGCUCCAACAGACAGCAACAGAGCAGGGCAUUGCAAAGCAGAACAACCAGAACUCUGGGCCUGUGUCAUAAACAUGAACAUAAAUCAGGAUAUCUCUAUGAUGUUCAAUGCUAGUUGUUGGUGCUCACGCUUAUUUUGUAUAGAGAGUGUCACUAAGGUGCAACCAGAAGCCUAUAUUUCGGCAUGUAGUUAAUUCUGACUGCACAGUUAUUUUGUGCGAUAACAGCUGUGUGGGGCUGAACAUAUUGGGUUAUUUGGUGUAUUAAUAAGAUACAAGGUCGUUUUACAAUAACCUCUACGUUCUGAAUAUGUUAUGUAUCUCCGUUAUUCAUGAAGUUUGAAUUUAUUAAUUCAAUUUCAAUUCAGUGAGAAAUUAGUUAACUUGAGAUAUAACCAGUUCAAUUAGGUAUCAGUGGCGUAGAUAGCCUAUAGGCUCAACAGGUAAGAUUUCCCCUGGUGGUAGAUAGGCUACUAAUGAACGUAUUCUGUUGAGCUCAAAACGACCAAGUGUUUUUCUGUUCAUUUAUCGUAAGUGUAUCUUUAUGUUCUAGUUAGGUUCCAUCUCCCUAUCCCUUACAUCACCACCACAAGUUAAUGGGAGGUAAUCUCCACCAUGUUAGGAGUCGGUCAAGUUUGGAGGCGGAGUGUGUUUCAUUCAAAUCCUCACCCCAGUCCUAUAAAAGGGGAACUUGUGUACAGUCAAGAACUCAAGUGCAGAGGAUCAGAACGGAUGAGAACGCACAGCCACCCAAGUCUCCUGUAGCAAGGCCAAAGCACGGUGGUCGCGCCACCCCCGUUCGGCAUGAAAACCAUCAGAGCACUUAAAAAUGCAGUCAUCUGUCUUAUUCUACUGCCUCGCUUCCUGGUGGCUGCGAUCAUGCUCUGGUUCCUCGAUUUUCUGUGCGUAAGGAAAAUAGUGUUCAAAAUGCGCGAGAAUGAGGGGAGCGCGGAUGAUCCCCCUCUGUGUAUCUCUGAUUCCAAUCGGAUGUUCAGCCUGGGGUCACUGAAAGCGGUCUGGCACGGUCACAAACUGGACUUCUUUAAAUCGGCGCACCUGGGACAUGAAGCGCCGAACACCGAAGUUGUGCAGCUUAGAGACCGAAAAUCAAGCCGGAUUCUUGACUAUGCGAAAGGCAAGAGACCACUUAUUCUAAACUUCGGUAGUUGUACCUGACCGCCGUUUAUGACACGCCUGAAGGCGUUCCAGCGGGUUAUAAACCAAUACGCUGAUAUAGCAGACUCUGUUCUUGUGUAUAUAGAGGAGGCGCAUCCGUCAGAUGGAUGGGUAAGCUCCGAUGCGCCAUACCAAAUCCCCCAACACCGUUGUCUUGAGGACAGACUGAAAGCGGCAGAGUUGAUGAACCAAGAAGUGCCGGGUUGUGUUGUGGUCGCAGACAGUAUGGAUAAUUCGUCAAACGCCGCGUAUGGAGCGUAUUUCGAUAGACUUUACAUACUCCAGGACAGCAAGGUUGUGUACCAAGGCGGCAGGGGUCCGGAGGGAUACCGAAUAUCCGAGCUAAGGAACUGGCUUGAUCAGUACAGACACAGUAUUGAAAAUUCCAGAAAUAUCGUCAUUCAUAUCUAAUUUAAAUUUUCGUAUCCCCGACGCAUUUAGAAAAGUGAAUCAAGGCUGCUAUCAUUGACACACUCCAAUCCCUCGAGUGUUGUUCCCUGUUUUUCAUCAUAGGACUCAACCCAAUUAAAUUGUUUGCGAAGACGAAAAACUGUAUCAUCACAAGACAAGAAGUUGUGUCCUAGGUCGUUAGUCUAUUUUACUCUUGGGCAUCUGAACAUCUUCAUUAGGUAUUUAAUCAAUUAUGUUGUUUACUUGUUAGUUAUCAAUCGCAUAUUUGUAUAUUCGAAUUAUAUUGUUGCUGCAUUUGUUAUGCCCUCAUCUCCCUGUUUUGCUUUGUACAGAGUGAAUGAUUGAGGGGAUUCUCCUGCUCAUUGCUCAAUGCUCAAUGACACAUACACCCCAGUAUCGUUGUGAAGUUCGGUUUUUAAAAGGUGCGUCACCAGAAAAUCGAUACUGAUGUUCUAAUACUGGUGCAUAUGUGCGUGUGCAUUGCCCUUUUUUAUCCAGUAUGUUUUGUAAAUGAUACCUCCUUUUUAUCGAACACAUUUUGUAAAUAAACAAACUUCUAAUUUAAAUGUUCUUCUGUGGGAAACAAUGUUUAAUAUGGGAAACAUUAAUAUUAGGAGAGGCACAUUUUGUAAGUGAUUCGCAUGGCAUGAACUAUUAACGAGCACAUUUAACUCUGGGAGGAAUAACAUGCCAUUUGACACGUUGGUGUUUGCUUCAGUAGUGUUUUGUGAUUCACAGCCGUUCAUGUAAUACAAAAAUAACUUCAAAAGGGAUAACUUUUAAAUCUCCCUCCCACACAUGUCAUUGGGACAUUGUUAACAUUACAAUUCAAGGGUCAAAUAAGUGUGUGUGUGUGUGUGUGUGUGUGUGUGUGUGUGUGUGUGUGUGUGUGUGUGGUUCUCUUCCUGUAUUCUCAGGCUACAAAGGGACAGGCAGUAUUUUAAAAUGCAUUAAAGAAUUGCAGUCAGUCCACUGAACCAUGAA